AUGUUCCCAACUGCAGUGGAUGGAAUAGUCCUAGAAAAAGGAAAAUUCCCACAUAACGCAAUUACACACGAAAACUUCGAUAAGCCAAUUGCGCUUUCAGAAAUUAAGGCUUCUGUAAUUGAAGACGGAUACGCAAAUAUCAGCGAGAAAGAUCGAGACAAGUUCAAGGACGAGGUGGAAACGAAAGCCUUGUUUCAACUCAAUCAAAUAAUUGACAAUGCCAAGCAAAUUGAUGCGAUUCAAAACGAUCAGCUGGACAAUGUUAAGUAUACGUUGCAUUAUUGCAUGACGGAUGUUGAAGUUAUGAUGCAUUGCUUCGAAGCAUUUAGAAAAUUAAUACUUGACAGGUUCAAGCUUGACGUAUAUAACUUCAUAUCAAUACCUAGUAUGUCAAAUACUAUUUUGCAUAACGAGGGCUGCUUUAAGGGAUGUUACAACCUCAGCGGCCCGUGUCUUAUGUUCGCACGAGAAGCCAUUGUGGGCGGAAGAGUCAUGACGAGGGAAAAUAAAAAAUGGCACUUCAAAUCGCAAAACGAAGUGGACAUAAAAGCCCUCAACAACAAUAGUAUGUAUCCCGCUGUCCAAUUGCACUUCACAAUGCAAAACGGAGUGUAUAUAAACGCACUCGACGUCAUCAGUUUGUAUCCCGCUGCUCAAUGCAGAAUUAAAGGCCUGACAAAAGGGAUCCCAAAGCGAUUUACUGAAACAAUUCCAAAACAGGCCACUGAUUACAUUGUACGAGUACGGGUUAUUGAUGUUAAAAAGCGCUUUACGUUUCCACUUCAGUCAAUUAAAAAUGAAAUGGGAUGUCGAAUUUUCACAAAUGAGAUGAUAGGUCAGACGAUUGUCCUUGGAAAAGUUGCCCUAGAAGAUUUCCAAAAAUUUCAACAUGCGGAAGUUGAAAUUAUUGAGGGGAUGUACUGGGAUAACGGAUUCAAUCCACAGAUCAAGAAGACAAUUCAUUCACUGUUUUACGAACGUAACAAGUUGAAAAAGCAAAAGAACCCGCUUCAAGCCGUUCUCAAACUUGUCAUGAAUAGUAGCUAUGGAAAACUAAUUCAGAAGCCUAUUUUGAAGACGAAGAGGUUCAUUCGAGGAGAAGAGCAAGUCAGAAAAUACGUAUUGAAAAAUAUAUGUAAGUUGAUCCGAAGGGUUACCAUAACCCCAAAUAUUUCGCUAUUUGAAGAACGGAAGAGUUUGAGUAGUUAUAGCUCCCCAGCGCACCUAGGUGUGCAAAUUCUAGAAUGUCAAAACGAAUCAUGA